GUCGCUGCCUGCCCGCGCGUGGGGACUCACCGCCCGGGGAGCAGGAGGCUGCAGAGAGAGAGGCGCAGAGGGGAACCGGAGCCCCCGGCCCGGCAUCGCACUGAUCCGGGCUGCUGCUGCAGGAAGUGACCAUGGCAGGGCUGCACGAGCUGCGAUUCACCGAGGAGAAGCCACUGCUGCGAGGCCAGGAUACCGAGCUUGAGCAUUCGGAUACGUUCCAUUCCGCGGUGGACACGGACUGGAAGGAGCAUGAUAUCGAGACCCCAUAUGGGCUGCUGCAUGUGGUCAUUCGGGGGUCCCCAAAGGGAAAUCGCCCGGCCAUCCUGACCUACCAUGAUGUUGGACUCAACCACAAGCUGUGCUUCAACACGUUCUUCAACUUCGAGGACAUGCAGGAGAUCACCAAGCACUUUGUGGUGUGUCACGUGGAUGCACCAGGGCAGCAGGCCGGAGCGUCGCAGUUCCCACAGGGGUACCAGUUUCCAUCCAUGGACCAGUUGGCUGCCAUGCUCCCUAGUGUGGUCCAGCAUUUCGGGUUCAAGUACGUGAUCGGAAUCGGCGUGGGAGCAGGAGCCUAUGUCCUGGCCAAGUUUGCUCUGAUCUUCCCGGAUCUGGUGGAAGGGCUCGUCCUGAUGAACAUCGACCCCAACGGCAAAGGCUGGAUUGACUGGGCAGCCACCAAGCUUUCUGGCCUGACCAGCUCUUUGCCUGACACCGUGUUAUCUCACCUGUUCAGCCAGGAAGAGCUGGUGAGCAACACGGAGCUGGUGCAGAGCUAUCGGCAGCAGAUUGGGAGUGUGGUGAACCAAUACAACUUGCAGCUGUUCUGGAACAUGUACAACAGCCGCAGAGACCUGGACAUUAACCGGCCCGGGACUGUCCCCAAUGCGAAAACACUUCGCUGCCCCGUCAUGCUGGUGGUGGGGGACAACGCGCCUGCCGAAGAUGGGGUGGUGGAGUGUAACUCCAAGCUGGAUCCAAUCAACACCACAUUCUUGAAGAUGGCCGACUCUGGGGGGCUCCCACAAGUCACACAGCCCGGAAAACUGACCGAAGCCUUUAAGUACUUCCUGCAAGGGAUGGGUUACAUUGCGUACUUGAAGGAUCGGAGGCUGAGUGGAGGAGCAGUGCCCUCGGCCAGCAUGACCCGGCUGGCCCGCUCCCGCACUGCCUCCCUCACCAGCGCCAGCUCGGUGGAUGGCAACCACCCCCGGGCCUGCACCCACUCGGAAAGCAGCGAGGCCAUGGGGCAGAUCAACCACACCAUGGAGGUAUCGUGCUGAGGUCUUUGGUCCCUCCGCUGUCUCCUCUUCCUCCUCUUCCUCCUCCGCCGGAGACAUUUAGCAUCGUUCUGCAUCAAGCCACCAUCCAAACGGCCAUCCUGUUCGGCUUCCAACAGUUACCGUGUCGGGGGUUCAUUUUCUUUCUCGUCGGGUUUUUUUUUCCUUUUUCCUUUUAAUAUUACAUAAAAAAGGGGAGAUGGGAAGCACCACUGUAAGACCGACGGUUCAGUCCACCUCUAGCUAUAGCUGCAACUUUGAAUUAGUGACGUUAUCCUGUUGUCAGUCAAGCAGUAACAAAUCUCUCCAGUGGUCAGGUCCGUAGGGUUCUUCGGCCCCGCCACUUACGUAGCGUUAGCCGAAGGCUCAGGUUCCUAAGGUCACCAGGGGGAAGUGUCCGCGAAUUGGCCAGCGGCAGGAAAGCUCAAGCAAGCACGUAAUCCCGUAUGGGUCCAUAGUCACCAAAAGGCUCAUCACAAUUCUUUCACCUGAGGUGGGGUGUUCAUAACAAUCGGGGUUGGUUUGUUUAAAUAAACUGCUAAGAGUUCAAUGUAGCAUGGCCCCCCUUCCAGUGAUCGCCACCGUCUUUUUUUUUUUUUUCUCCGAUUGACCUGCCCCCAGGAGAAUUGAACCUAGGAUCCCAAGAGCCAAAAGCAUGAAUCCCUACCACUUAAGCUAAAAAGCCCACCUCAGUUAGCCAUAGUACACUCCUAAACGGCUAUAAAUGGUUCGGCCACUAGAGGGGGACAAAGCCCCACACAGCGUUUACAUGGGUUAAACACUCCAUGUUGUUGAGUGUCACUGGUAGCGGUACCCAGGGUGGGGUCCAUGCAUCAUUGGGUUAAUGUGGGAGAUGGGGAGGAAGAAACAAAAAGGGCUUGAGAAAUCCGGGUUUUAAAAUGUCGCUGCCCACUGGGAUUUAAUCCUGGUCAUGCUGAAAACUAAGCAUUUGCCUAGCCAUGGAAAGAGCAAUACGGAAGGUAGCUGCUCUGCAGAAUGGCUCCCUGGGGCCUUCCUUCCUUGCCCUCUGGCCUGUCCAUCCAAAACAGGAAGUAGAAUUGUUUUAAGGCAGGAAGUGACAUGUCAUGAGGACUGGGCAUUAGCCCCUCCCCUACAAGACACCAACACCCAAAUGCUGCCGGGGUGAGAUCUGUAAAAACAUAUAAUAAAAAUAACAAUGCCCCAAGAAAUACCUACACUCAGUGAAACCUGGCGAUCUCUGCCCUUUCUGGUGCCGAUAAAGCGCCCAACUCACAGGAUCUUAAAUUUGCCCCGGGCGCAUUUCGAACCAAUGAAUAGUCGCGCGUGAGCCAGUGCUAUAAACUAAGCUCCCAGGUGCUCCGUGGCAGUACGGAGCCCAGGGGUGCCCGUGCGUGCGUUUGUGACUCGUGCACACACACGUCCCCUGUACAAUUCUUUUUUGCAAGAAGGACAAUCAACGACAGUAACCAAAACCAUACUAAACUCCUCGGCAGUCUCUGCGCCUCCCCCUCCCUCCCAUACCGAGCCAAGGUUCACAAGGGAAAAGCUCCUUCCCGGCGCCCAGCAGUGCUGCCCGGAGCAGGAUGUUGGGGCAGGGGCGGGUGGUGGUGAUUUCCAGGACAGGGCUGCUGCCUCUGCAGGUUCUUUCUCCCUCCCUUAACGUGAGCUCUGUUUCUGCUCUCCAGAAAGGCUGUUAGAAGCAAACGCUCCAGGAACCUAUAGGAAAGGUCCAGAGGCUGACGGGGCAGCUGCUCUUGUUCUGUUGCUGCUUUGUGCUCUGUUGGUGGACGAUUGUCGUAUUUACAGGCCAUGUGCUGGGGCUAGCCCGCCCAAGGGACAAAAGCAGGGCUUAAUUUGUGCCAGAGCUCGCCAGGGCUGAUUCCCGGCACCUCUAGGCUUGGCAGUUCAGAGCCCUGGCACUUCUGGGCUUGCCACGUCCGUUAUGAAAGUAAAAACAUUGCUUGAGCCCUGGUACCUCUUUCAUCACAAAUUAAGCACUGGACAAAAGCCUCUUCCAGGUGGUUUGUACAGCACCUACCACAACCGGGCUAAGUUCUAGCGAAUGGGUGAGGCCUCUUUACGUGAUUGGGCCAUGCCUUCGUUGGGUGUUGUGUGCAUACCACAAGCGGGCGGCCUGGACUCCAGAAAUGCGUCUCUCCCACUGACUGUGUGUCCUUUACUAGCUGAAUGAAGUCAGUAAUUUGUCCCAGCUUGUUCUGUUUACUGUUAGUCUAGGUGAGUUGGGCUUUGAACUUGGCAUCCUAUGCCCACUGCUAGGCAGGCGUGAGGCCUGGUUUCUUGGCUUUGUGCCAGUGUUGCUGUGGUUGGCACAGUGGACUCAGGGCAAGUGGGUACCAGCUUUCCCGGGGAUAUGUGAGUCUGCAUCAGUCAGUGUUUUGCUCCCCAGAUUCUGGUGGGAAACCCCCAGAGCCAACACCUCUCCCCACACGCCCCAUUCUCAUUGUGUUGGACUCAUUUGUCGCUUGGCGUUCCAUGCUGAGCGGCUGUCCAGGGCUUGGUUCUUCCUCAGUGUUGUGGCUGGAUCCAUUCCGAGUUGGUGAGGUUCCUGCUUGUCUGUGAUCCGUCCCGAGGAGCUGGGGCUCAGAGUGGUUUGGAUCUGGUGCACAGGAUGUGAAUGCAAAUUGCAUUGUAACAAAUCCAUGUCUCUGUGCUGUAUGGCUGCUCAGAAUGUCCUGGCAACAGCGGGGAACUGAACACAGAUCCUGUUGUUCCAAAAGCCCAGCCCUACCCACUCGAGCUAAAGGAGAAUCUGUGAGCUGUUAGCAGUACAGGGCCCAUGACAUGCAGCUGAGCAUUUUUGAUUCCAUCCGGUAAAUGGCUUGUUAGCCAGUUUGUUCCAGGGUUUACUAAUUGGUGUGUUGGGAGUGGCAAUUUCCCUAGUCUCACCCGUCAAUGGGAUCCCCUUGGUUGUCAGCGCCUUGUAUGUAGAGGGUGAGGAGUGCUUGGGAGAGUGUCUGGGGUAAGGGGAGCUACGUUAUCAUGUACUUUGUAUGUAAGGGCUGCCUAAACUUCAUAUUAGCCCCGCAGGGUCACCUGGCUGUGGGGAUCUGUCCCCAAAACACCAUCCCAGCAUCAUCUGGGUACAGCCCGCGUGCAGUCCCUCUGCAUGGCUCUAGAACAGUUCCUUUUGCACCAGCCUUGGGGCGCAGGGAGAGAAACAAGAGCUGACAUGUAUGCAAGACAUUCCCGGGAUCAGCCACUGUCUCCUUCCACCAUGUCCCAGGCAAAAGUGAGUCGCCAAGGGAGGCCACAAACCAGUGGGCCGGGCGUGAGCCACGCCCGCAUGGGAGUGCCAUAUUUUUUAUGUCAGGAUGAGAACCCUUCCCUUCCUGUUGCAUUGCCCCUGGGCCAGAGGAGGGGGGAAAUGGACCAUAAGAUGAAGUCCAAGGGACUACAGAAGCCCAUGAGGAACACAUCCAGUGGCAUUCUGUGCCAUUUCAGCCAGUGAAUGCCAGCUCACUGCACUGGAAGGCUGCAGAGCCAGUUAAUGAGGUACUGAGCAUGCACCAUCUCAGAUGCUGGGUCUCUAGUCCCUUUGACACACCCAACUUCCAUUCUGGUCCUUUGUGACCACACAGCCCCUACAGGGCGCCGCAGCUGCCUGGCUUGCCACACUAGGAGCUGGAGGGAACAGAUCCAAAGCUGAUCAGACUAGCAGCAAGAAGAAAUUCUAUUAGAGAUAAAAAGAGAGACAGCAUUCAACAUCCCAUGGUGUUCCAGACACACUGUCUCUUUCACGCAUCUGCUAUCUAGGAGAGUGUGCGUCUCUGGAUAAAUACAGAACACACACGCCACACCCACACACAUAGUGCAUUUAAAUGGUAUGACAUCACCACAAGCAUUCUAGAAACUCUCUGUUGUGUAUUAGUUUGUUCCAGACUCUGUUUUUCCGUGUGCUUCCUUCUGAACAUUAAAUGUGAAUGUUUGAAAGCUAGUAGGAAUUCUUUUUACUGUAGAUACUGCUGCAAUUUUUGUUUUUUGUUUUUUAGUGUGUCCUUUCAGAUAAUAUAUAUAUAAAUACCUAUACAUAAUAUAUAUAUUGGAUUUUUUCCCCCCUUUCUUUCGUUCUUGUAGCAACUGGUAACAAAUGUGUGGUUUUAACAUUUAAGGUGUUCUGGCUGUAAUUUUGUUCUGGGUUUGUUUUUGAGUUUUUUCUUUUUUCCUGGUUAAGGUGGAAUUUACUGAAUUUCAGACUUCUGUAUGAGGUGAAUCCUUAUAUUUUUGUGCAUUAAGAUGGUUGAUGCUCAGAAAGUUGCAUUGAUGCCAUGGUAUUUACAGACGACUACAAAAAUGUAAAAUGGAAGGAAAAUGGUUGAUGUAGAAAGGAUUACUGUGUCGAAAACUAAUAAAGACAUUAAGAAGAACCUA